UUGUAGAAAGCUGCUGAACAGCACGGUUUUGAGUGCUCUGUGGCUUACUGUACAGAUGGUGUGUAUUUGAGUGAUCUUGUAGGCUUUGGAGGGACAUGCUGUGCUGUACAUGGACAGAUGUUGGUGAAUUGGCUGAUAGAUUGACUGUUGACCUUGUGACAGUGAAGCAGGAGAACGAGGGAUUGUUUUCUCUUAAGAUAUGAUUGACAGCAGGCUGCAGGAUCCAGGGAAUCCAAACUUCUCAAACUCCUUUAUUUUUCUACCGUUCUCAUAAUCUAACACAUGGAAUCCAGAUGCUCUGCAGCUCCAGCCAACAUUUAAUUGGUCUCUCUGACUUGGCUAAAGAUUCUGACGACACUGACUCCUGUCAUUUGACCAGCUGGCAUUGGACAGGGUAUUGGACCCUCCUCCUGCACGGCGACAGAAUGAGACAGUAGCUGGGGGUGUUGGAAAUCAUCCCUCCCCCCCUCCUCUUUGUUUUCCCCCUCCUACAUAUCCAAGAAGCAUAUCCAUACUCGCUAUCUUACACCAACACUCUACAAAACAAUACUUUGGACCUUUGUGGCCCCCACGCUUUACUUUUACAGGACCGUUGCUGCUGAGAACAAAACCUGUUUCCUUUCAGCCAGUGGACACAUCCUUCCAUCCUUACAGCUUUGGUGGAGCUUAAUGGAAGCUCAGUAGAUCUUUGAAUCAUGAAAACACCAGAGGACCACUGGGAGUUUCCAUUUGGAGUUGUAUAUUAAUAGGCUGAAAGACUGCCAGUGAGUGAAGCAAAUCUAAUUCAACCUGCAGCAGAACAUCUGUUAGAAUAAAUGAUACCUCUCCUUUGCCGUUUCAUCCAUCACAUCUAAAGUGCCUUGUGCUUCAUCGAACUGUUUACAUCCACUCCUCAUAUCAGAUCCAUCUGCCAAUCCUUGAAACGAUUUGUUUGUUUACAUUUCCAGGCCUUAUAGCUUUCCAAGACAUAUCUGUUUCAUUACUUUCUCCUGUUUGCAUGCAAGUAAAAGUUUGAAGUAUCUAAGAUACGAGGAAUGAGACCACCGUAGAGUUCAGUUCCUCACACUUAUCCAACCUUAACUCACUGAGACUGUUUAUCUGACUCUCAAACGUGGUACACUACUUCCACUGAACAGUUCCAUCACCAUGUACACACUGCAGUCCAAAUGGCGCUACCUAAUCAUGUUCUUGGGCGUCCAGUUAGUGGUCAUGGCUCUUCUUUCUAGAGAGGGCUACCAGAAAAGAGUGUCAUAUUUUUUCCGGAAUUUCCGAAAGCCGGAUACUACGACAGGACAAACAGUUGUUGGACGCAACCACACGGAUGUUUACGCCAACCUCUCCCUUUUGGGCCCUGCUCUUAAUAAAGAGGACAUGCCCUACUGCCCCAAGCAGUCUCCUCUGAUUGGUGGACCAAUUCGUGUCACUUUCCCCUCUGGGCUUACGUUUGCUGAGGUGGAGAGAAAGAAUCCACUUGUUGUCCGUGGAGGGCGUUAUAGGCCGCCAAACUGUGAGGCUCGCCACCGCACUGCAAUAAUCAUUCCCCACAGAAAUAGGGAGCACCACCUCAAGUUCCUCCUCUACUAUCUGCAUCCCUUCCUACAGCGUCAGCAGCUCAACUAUGGCAUCUAUAUCAUUCACCAGGCUGGUAAUUACACCUUUAAUCGAGCAAAGCUGAUGAACGUGGGAUUUCGCGAAGCCAUGAGGGAAGAGGACUGGGACUGUCUCUUCUUUCAUGACGUGGACCUCAUUCCCGAGGACGACCGCAACACCUACAUCUGCGACGCUCACCCCAAACAUGCUGCCAUUGCCAUGGACAAAUUUGGCUACAAGUUGCCUUAUAAGAUGUAUUUUGGAGGAGUAUCGGCUCUGACCCCUGUUCAGUACCUCAAAAUGAAUGGUUUCCCAAACAGUUACUGGGGCUGGGGUGGUGAGGACGAUGACAUUGGUGUCCGGGUCUCACUUGGAGGAAUGCUAAUCAGUCGUCCGUCUCUAAAAGUGGGCCGAUAUAAGAUGAUCAAACACAAGCACGACAAAGGCAAUGAAGUGAAUCCCAAAAGGUUUAACAUGUUGGCUAAGACCCGGCGUACGUGGAAAGAAGACGGUAUGAAUACGGUGGAGUAUGAGAUCGUAUCCCGGGAUUACCAGCCUCUUUACACCAACAUCACGGUCAACAUUGGCACCGAGGCAGGACUGCACCCGACUAAAAAAAAAGCUGCUUCUUAGCUGACUCCCAGCAUUCUUGUGGAUCCCAGAGGCACAAGUCUUAGCACCAAUGCCGCACUGCCUGCAGACUUCACCCACAUGCACAUGGCCAGUGAAUUCAUGGGACAUCAUGCCUUUACUGCACCACAGACCUUCUGUUUUUCUCUGUAAUAGCGGAGCCAUCUAGUGAUCCCAUGAUUCUCUGUCCUUUCUCUCUCUCUUUUUCUCCAAAGUUUGACAUUCUGAUCCUGUACUCACUGGUUCACUUUAUAAGUCAGGAUGCUGCAGAAACUUCAUCAGCUGGUCCAUUCACUGACCACUUCACAGACUCAGUAGGAAGGAUGUGUUUCCUGACAGACAGACUCUUCAUGUAUCCUCUGUGCCCAUGGGCACCAUUGAAAAACCUCUGUUGCCUUAGAAUCAAGCUGCAUUCUCUCCUUACAUUUCUUUCAUGAUGACUAGAGCGUAGCUUCGGCCGCCCGUGGUUGACGUGUCGCAGUGGGUCAGGCCGACACUUUAGGAGGGGUAAAAUUCGUUUUUUUGCCAUGUGAGGGAAAUAGUGAAGCAGGCCGAUCAACUACAUGAGCAGCAUUGUUUGCUGCACUACUCUGUGAGUCUGGUGCAUUUCCUCUUCAGUAAAUUAGUACUUUUGAUUAUGUACUGUAUUGCUAUCCAGGUGGGUGGAGUGAUAUUUUGUUAUAUAUCUUCCAUUUCGAGUAACUCAGUCAGAACUGGCCUCUUUGGUAGUAAUAACCACUCUACAUAUCCUGAUGUUUUUUUAUUUUAUUCCUGAAUUGUCAUAAUUGCCUUUGGUUAUCUUAGUAAUAAUAUUGGCUUUUAUAAUUAAUGCGCUGCCUCUCAUUUUCACGAAUUACUCAACACAUUGUAUUUUAUCUGCAUGAUUUUUUUUUUAAUGAUUGGCUGGUUGUGUGCGGUUUGCUUUGGCUCAGGCAAUAGGCUUGUUGAAUGUAGCUGUAGUUCUCCUUUUGGUCAGAGAAUGUCAUAUCAGUGAAGAGCGCAUCGUGUUGUGUCCAUUUGGAUGGCUUGGUGAAAAGUACAUACUUCGGAAGCCCCUAUGUCUUUGUCCCAUAUUCCCAUUUGAGUCCAACAUUUGAUUAUUCAAAGAUAUUUCCUAGAAAUGCUCUUACCUUGUUAUCCGAGCUUUUUAUAAAGACCUUCAGCCUCAUAAAACACAAGCAUAAACAGUUUGUAAAACCAUUUUUAAGUAAAUUGUCCCAUUGAAUAAAGUGAGCUAAGAACAUCUGUAAAAGAAUUCUCGCAUUGAUUCGAAUACGCUUAACGUUCGCAAAACCAUUUUUACAUAGUUGCUUUGAAUCAAAUGUGCUACAUUUGUAAAAUCAAUCGUAUGUAAAUUGGUGUAAUGAAUCAAAUGCGCUAACAACUUUGAAACCAUUCUUAUGCAAAUUGUUGCAUGAAGUUAAAUUAAAUGCUAAUGUUCGUAAAACCUUUUUUAGAUAAAUUGUUGAAUUUAAAUUGAAUGCUGUAAUAUUUGUAAAAUCAUUCUUGUGUUAAUUGGAAGUAAUGAAUCAAAUGCGCAAUCAAUCGUAAUAAACCAUACUUGUGUAGGGUGCUGCAUUAAAUUAAAUGCACUAUUGCUAACAAACCAUUCUUAAAUUGUUGCAUUGCAGUAAAUGCGCCAACAUCCAUAAACGUGAGCGGUUGCUUUCAGUUGAAUGCGCUAAUAUUUGUAAAACCAUUCUUGCAUAUAUUGGUGUAAUGAAUCAAAAUCAUUCUUAAUGUAAAUUGCUGCAUUCAAUUAAUGCUCUACUGCUCAUAAACCAUUCUUAAGAAAAUUGUUGCAUUGUCAAACGUGUUAAUAUUUGUAAAACUAUUCUAGAAUACAUUUACGUUUAAUUGUAUACGCUAACAAUCAUAAAACUAUUCAAUUCAGUGCAGCCUUUUAUGUUGGAAUGGUUUCGAACAAUUUACAAAUUGGUUGUUUUGCUUGUUGUUCAUGAAUGAGACCCAUUAUUGGCACAGUCUGGAAAAAAAUGGUAAAUUCUCAAACAUUUUAAUUUACACCUCUGACUGACACAGAUGACAAAAGAGAUUGAUUUCAUAUUUAAAAAUGCGUUCAUGAAUUUGGAGAAACAUCAGUUCUGAAAAUUAGACUGAAUCAUGGCCUCCACUGGGUAAUGUUAACCUUGUAUUUGCCAUGCCUUGUUCCUGUCUAACUUCUAAACGUCUUCUGCAUUGUUCAGUCUCAUGGUGAAACGAACUCUCUGACAGUCCAGUCACCAGAUACACGGAUGCUUCAGACGGAUCUGUGCACGUGUGGAUACGUGAAUCUCAAAUACGCGUUUAUGAUAAUGAGAGAACUCGAUCAUACAUUGUUUUUCGAAAGCUGCUGUUCUCUGUGUGAAUGUGAAAGGUGGAGGUAUUGCUCCCCUCUUUACUAGUGUGUAUGCUGUUGGUAGCUUGUGAAGGAUCAUUUAAAAAAAAAUGGUGUUGGGUCAUUGAAGCAAGUCAUUGGAUGUCAUUGAGGCAGAGAUACCAAAAAAUGAAUUUUUUUUUUUUUAAAACAAGCAUCUUUUCUUUUUCUUUUUGCUUAACAGUAGUAGUCUUUUUUUCUUAAUUAUGAAAGGUUAAGGUGGUCGUUAAUGGUAAGGUUAAUUAAAUCUGUCCUUUACAUAAGUCUGCUGGCUCACAGAGAAUAUUGCCUGUAAUGACUGUAAACACUUUUGAUUUAUUUUGGGAUGUAAAGGUUGACUCGAGAUGUUUAUUCUUCACAUUGAGAAUUUAUAUUUGAUAGCUAUUCACUUUGCCAUCAUAGAAGGUACUUUGAAAACUGUUGAUCAGCCGUGAAUGAUAUAUAAUUGAUAUGUACAGAUGACACUACUCAGCACACUACUCAGGUGGGGUGAUGGAUCUGAUGUUUCUAAAUGUGCCUUAUCUGGCGUCAGUAAUCUGGAGUUCUUCAGUGGGCAGUGCUCUGAACACAGGGCAUUUGUUUCUCUUUAAGAAGUCUGCACACUACUUA